AUGUCUCAAUUCACAAUCCCAUUCGAGAUAUUUGAAGUCAUUGCAGGAUUCCUUGAUCUCAAAGAUAAAAUUCAAUGUGCAUUAGUCUGCAAGCAAUGGCUACCACAAUUUACAGAAUUCAUUUGGAAGGAAAUAAAGAUAUCUAGUCAGAGAAAGCUGGCAACCAUUUGCGAUUUAUCAAACCCCAAAAACAAAGUAUAUAUUACAAACGGUCACCAUGUUCACAUACUAGAGCUACAAGUCUGUGUUGAUGCAACGGAUAUUCAGCUCUAUGCUUUGCAAAAAUGCUUCCCGAACAUACGUCGUCUGGUCCUUGAAUAUGAAGCAUUUAUUGGAGAAGAUUUUGGAAAAUAUACGAAUUGGAGUUUAUGGAGGUCUUUAACAGAGAUGAGUUUGAACCUGGAUACCGUCGAUAUUUUUAUUGCAGACCUGGAGUUCCAAAAGAUACUUGCUUGUGUCCCUCAUCUUACAUGGCUAAAAAUUGUACAGAAUAAAGCCGGGGAUGUCAAGAGUGUUAAUCCAGAAUGUCUUGAAAUACUGCACAAGUAUUUACAAAAGCUGAAAUAUCUUAGUCUCGACCUAGAAUUUGAGGAUAUUGCAGACGCAAGCCUUGGCUUUAAUCCAAAGCUGACUCCUAUCACAAGCUUACAGACACUAAUAACCCCAAUAUGCGCCAUGGAAUAUCGGUGGAUGUAUUAUUUUGCUACAAAGUAUCCAAAUUUACGCACUAUAAAAACAAAUUCUAGUGGCCCAACCCGUCAGUUUCGUAUGAGCCCCGUACAUUUGCCAGCUAUUUCAACAUCGCAGGAUCUAUUUAAGCAACUGACAAGCCUUGAUAUAAGCAUUUCAAACGGCUCAAUCUUUUAUCUCGCAUAUUGGACCCGCGUGUUUUCUCUUGGCAUACCAUUAAAGCAUAUAGAGCUUAAUGUCACUGAAGUGGGCACAAACGAUCCGCCUUUUGCAGAGAAUAUUAUAAAGCAAUGCAUAAAUUCGUACGGAAAACUCCUUGAGUCGCUUAUAGUCAAUGUUUACGGACUACACUCUAAAUAUUGGGAUGUUUUAGCAGUAUUAGAUUCAUAUCCACAUCUGGUGUCUUUAACUCUUCGCACAAGGCACACAAUAAUACCUCUUGAUACUGUUUUGGAUUGCUAUAGUGGAUUGAAGAGACUACUUAUCGAUUCGUAUCAACUUACCACUGACGAAAGUUUAGCAGAAAUCGUAAAACCGCACGGACUCCGUAUUCUAGGAAUCAAAAACUCGCAUUUUUACUAUAAUAUUCUCUGUUAUAUCUCCGGACGCUGCAAAAAUAUUAACUACAUGAGCAUGAGUUUUGUACAUAUAACUGGACCCGUUUCUCCAAAGACAGGAAAUCUUUAUAUCGAUAUGUCACACACACACCUUAAAGCGUUUGUUCACUCAAACGUUCGAUACAAUGUAUCAGACGCUGUCGAGAGUGUAGAGAACAGCAUUAACUUUAUACACCUAAAUGCAAGUAGUACAUAUCCAAACCGCAGAGAAAAUACAAAAACUACCCCAGUUCUAAAGUCACUACCGUGGUACAAAAAAAUCGCUCUUUACCCUCGCUACAAUAAUCCGUUUACUUCAAAAAGUCAUUCGAAGGUUGAAUCUGAUGCUAUUUGGUUUUAUUCAUCGUAUCUAAGUAAUUGGAACGGUGUAAUGGGAGAUUUCACGUGGCAGCUUGAACAAAUGGAGAUUGAAACAGCUCUACAAUACUUUGAAAACUUUUCUCUAAGGAAGAUACCUGUAAAUCGCGGAUUUGGGAAUUCAGAAAAUAUCAAUGACUUGAGAGAAAGAUGGAAGAUAGACCUUUACCGUGGAUAUGUUACAUUGAAGCUUGGAUCUGUUAUUCAUUAUUCAUUUCCUUUUGAAUUAGGCGCCAUUGAUUAUAAUUGGGAUGAGGAAUACAAUGCGUUGAUAUAA